UACUUGGAAUGAGAUAAGGAGAGGUGUGUCUAUGUGUAGCUCCUGAGGUCACUUCCAUGUAUUGUUGCUCUUUUCUGCAAUGAGAUGAGCGGGAGUCUGGCGACAAUCUGCCGGUGACUCACACUGCAUUAUCACAUACUAGCCAGCAAUCAGUUCACGUUUGGGCGUCGGGAUGGCGAGCAUGAGUUCGACGCUCGUCGAGACCGUCUCUAUAAACUACGAGGACUUUAACGAGAGCUUCCUUACCUGCGGCACAUGUUUAUGCACUUACGACGGCGGUGAACACACGCCUAAGCUUCUCCAAUGCUCACACACGGUCUGCUUACAUUGCCUCACACGAAUAGCCGCCUCACAGACCAGAGACGCUGGUAGCUUCCGAUGUCCCAUCUGUCGCGAACUCAUAACUAUACCGAGAGGCGGGGUUCAAGCGUUACCACCCUCGUUUCUCGUCAAUCAGCUUUUAGAUUUAAUGGCCCGACAGAGAAGAGAAGUCAUUCCACAGUGCAGUUCCCAUCCCGGUCGCGAACUCCUCUUUUGUGAGACUUGCGAUUGCGUGUUCUGUCGACAUUGCGCUGACGGCCCACACAGCGAUACGCCUUGCGACCACACUGUAGUACCAUUCUCUAUAGCGUUAAAAAGAAUGUCAGAAAUUCUACUGUAUAGAGCAAAUGAGUGUUUAAGUAAGCUUGGUUCAGCAAGAGAUGCGGUCGCCAGUGAGUUGAGAAGGUUGGAAGCUGCGGCCACUGCAGCUGAUGACGCUAUAGACAGGCAUUUUAACGAAUUGAAGGCUGCCUUAGAGAAACGACAUAGCGAACUGAAGUCAGCAGCGUCAGCCGCCGCCACACAUAAAAGAAAGUUACUUGAAGAACAAUUAAAGUUAAUAGAUGCCGAGAAAACCAAGGUUGAAGCAGAAUGUUCAGGCCUCCAGCAACAAGUGGAAGUGCGCGAAGUAAGCAGCCGAGCGGCAGCGCUAGGCGCCCGGUUGGGAGACGCGGCAGCGUUGGCCGAGCCUCGUGAAAACGCCUUCCUUGCUGUGGACUUUGCCCAUAACGAUGCUCAGCAGAGGUUCGCAGAAGCGUUGGCGGAACUUGGAAGAGUUAGGACUAGUACGACGUUUCCUGGCCUAUGUACUUUGCAAUUAGAAUCCGGGUGUGUUUGCGGAUUGGAAGUGAGCGUUAUUCUCCGCACGGUGGAUUAUCACGGCGAAGCACGCAGCACAGGCGGUGACCCGGUCAGCGCUGCCGCUACAUUAGAUGAUGCGCCGCUACCCUGCACCGUCACAGAUCUCGACUCUGGUCACUAUAGGAUCACGUUACGACCUUGGGCAGCGGGCGCGCUGACCGUGCGCGUGCUAGUAUUCUCCCGCGCCGUGCGGGACUCGCCGCUGCGCGCCGACGUGGCGGCCACGGCCGCGCCGCUGCUGCUGUGGGGCGCGCGCGGCGCGGGCAAGGAGCAGCUCAGUCAGCCCGUGGCGGUAGCCAGAUGUCCGAAACGGCGCGAGAUCUACGUGCUGGACGCGGGGAACUCGCGCGUGAUGGUGCUCGACGAAGAAACCUUCGCCUUCAAGUCGCACAUCGUCAAUGAAGGGUUGGCGGGACGCAGUUGUACAGGGAUCGCAGUCACAGCUGACGGUAUAGUCGCCGUCAACUGGCGGACGAGGACGCUCACCGAGGUGAGCGUAGAAGGUUCAACCCUGCGCACCAUCAAGUCGGAUCGUCUGGUGGAGCCAGUAUGCGUUGCGUGCGACCCGCAUGGUCGACGACUAGCCGUCGGUGACAACGGGGCGCGAUGCGUGUUUGUUUUCGAUGCACGUGGGGCGAUAGAACGAGAGGUGGGAGGCGGUGAACUCGGCCUGGUGGGCGGGCUGGCGCUGGCGGGCGACGUGCUGGUGGUGGCGGACGCGGCCGUGCGCGUGUACGACGCCGGCGGGACGCUGCAGGCCACGCUAGCGCCUGUGCCUAAAGGUCGCGGCGGCUACGGCGGCGUAGCGCUCGAAGAAUCAGAAUCAGGCCGCCACAUCAUAUGCAUACGUUCGGCGCGCGGCCGGCCCGCGCUGCUAGUACUCGAAGCGAGCGGCGGCCGUAUUCUGGCGGCUUGUGAACUGGCCGAGAAGAAACCUAGACGGGUCGCUGGGUUGACGCUGCUGCCUAACAAGAGAGUGCUGUUGGCGGAUCUGGCGGGAAACUGCCUGAGAUUGCACACUUAUUGGUGAAUGAAUGGAAAGUCGAAAGGAGGGAACGCUUCAAGCUGCCAUAAGGCGUAUCGUAAACGAAUUUCAUGCUAGUCGAAUAUGCAACGGGGAAUCGAACCGACGGCCAUACGCGAGGGCGGUACUCGUACCAAAGUCAAUAGACGCCGCAAGGCUUCUAUCUUAUACGUAGACAUAUAUCUAGAUAGACGCCGUACCGCGAUUAGAUAUAAAGCUAAAAGUUUUCAAAGUUAAAUGUGACAUUGACAACUUUUAAAAGCACAUAGGUUUGUAGCUCGCGUAUCACGGCGAGCCUAAUUCACUACUGAGCGUGCCCUAAGUAAUUUCUAUCGAAAAUUUAAUCUAGUCAGAAAUUAAUAAAUACGUAUAAAACACAAUUUGGUCAAUAAAAAGUACUGCCUCAAAAAGUUGUCUCAGAAAAGAUGAAUAUCAAGAGUUCUACUACAAAUGUGAGGUGUUCUGUAGAACAUGUUGAUUCGAUGGCACGCAAAGUAGGUGUGUUUAGGUGUUCUAUUUAGACAUAUGUCUGUGAUCUAAUAAUUUACGAUGUUCUUUAGUACUUACAGUAUUUAUUUACGUAUUAAGUCGAUUAAGUUUUCACAAUCAUGUCAAGUUGGCGAACUGGAUUUUUUUUGUUAGUCCUUUAUCUUUUUGGUUUUUAAUAUAUUUGGCGUAUAGUGAUAAGUAUUUAUGUGAUUAUAUAAUCGUUUGGAAUAUUAUGAUAUUUAAAAGCUUCGAAAUGUUAUUGGCGUUAAAAAUCUCACUUAUGACUAGUCAUUCGACGGUGGCAUUUAUUGUUGUCUAAAUUUCGACACUAUUCUGUGAAAGGGCAGAUUUUUGCUCAGCACAAAUUCAUGACAAGGGUGGUGGCAAAUUGUGAGACUGAAAAAUCUACUCCUCGUUAAGGAGACACGGGAAAGACAGCCUCAAGUUCGUAAUUUGAUUCUAGAGAUUGCACUUACCACAUUGACUUACCACCAUAUUUUUUUAGGGUUCCGUAGU